UUUCCUUCUCUUCUUUCCAAAAUAAAAAAAAAAGUCAUAAAGAACGUCAACAACAACAACACACGACAUUGUUUGAAGCAGUAAAACCAAGAAUCAUCAAUCAGAAUCCAUUACAUCACCCUUGCACAACGUUUAAAACAGUUGGGUUUUUUUUUUUUUCAAAAAAAUAACGUCUUUCUCUUUCAACUUUCAACCCCAAGGCGUUUGUUCUCCCUUCAGUUCUUCUUUUUCCAUGUAAAGAUUUUAACUUUUAUUCCAGAUUUUGAAGACCUUGUUCAAAGGCAUGAGGGACUUCAUUCUCGACUUUGAGUACUUAGCAGAAGGCCUGUGUUGGUAUUUUUUCGGGGCUUUGGACAUUGUUGCUGAGGAAUUAAUGGCCUUCUUCCCAGUUGGGGGAGAUCAUGAGACAGAAAAUCUGGCUGCCUUGUGCUUGGAAAGGAUUCCCCAAUUCCACAAGUGGUAUUUUGAGACAAUACGUAAAAAGACUUUUGGGUUUUUGAUAGAAGAUGGGUAUGUUUAUUUCACAGUUGUUGAUGAGGGUCUUGAAAACCAUGGUGUGCUUCAAUUUCUAGAGCACAUGAGAGAUGAAUUUAAAAAAGUCGCUAGGAAAGGUUCAAGAGGUAGCUUUUCAGGUACGAGUUCAAUUGGCAUCCAGGAGCAACUAUUGCCUGUUAUCCUGCGUUUGAUAACUUCAUUAGAACAUGUUUCAUAUAGUGGCAAUGAUUGGAAGGCUGAGGCUCCCUCAUCAGGUCAUGCAGGCCUCUCCCCAUCUCCCAGUGAUGCAAAUGUGCAACUUGAAGCUACUAGUUCUACUAAAGCCCCUUUGUUGGGAAAGUCUAGCAAGCAAGAGAAGAAAAAGUUGAAGGAUCAUGUGAUUGCAGUGAGAGAUAUUGAGUUGGAGGAGCAUCGGAAAUCUACAGAUAGAGGAGUGAAGGUUGAUUCAACAGCAUUGGAUUCUAAUAACCAAAGUGGAGCAAGUUCUUCAAUCUCAUUGCAGAAGGACUUGGGUUCAAUGAGGAUCAGAUCUGUCUCUCAGAACAUUCGAAAAAAAUGGUGGCGCCAUGUCCGAAUUGUUCUUGCUAUUGAUGCAGCUGUUUGCUUACUAUUGUUUGUGAUUUGGUUGUCAAUCUGUAAGGGAAUUGAGUGUACCCGUUCAUGAUUCCAAAUCAAUGCCACAACUGAAGUUUCAUGUUCAGGAUCGGGGAUAAAAAAUCCUGUAAGAAUAGGUUGAAAGCAAUAAUAUAUCAAUCUUGUUAGUGGGUUUAAAAAUCUCAUUUAAGGUAUGUGUUUCAAAUUACACAGGCAGUGGCAUGAGGUGUAGAGAGUCAUCUGUAUAGUUUCAUAGUUUUAAUGCAUAUGUACGUCAAAAUCAUAUUGUAAUAUACUGCAUCAUAGUUUUUCUUUUCUGAAUUUCAUGUUUCAAAGAUACGCAAACGUGCCACUACCACCCUCUGGUUAGUACUGAUUUCUAUCUUAUUGAGGCACUAUCUUAAAUUCUUAUUCUUCUAGUUCCACUCCAUGUUUGAAACUGUUAACUGAAGCAUUUCAAAGUUUGCCUGCCUUUCUCUCUUGACUGAUUUUGUGCCUAUGUUUUAA